AUGGACGCCCAGACUCCUGAGGGGGAGGGCCUUCCACUCUCUGCAGCAAUGCGGGCGAAGAUUGAACGGAAUCGUCAGCGGGCGUUGAUGCUGCGUCAGGCUCGGCUGGCGACUCGGCCCUAUCCUGCCGCUGGCGAAGGCAGUUCUAAAGUUAAAGCACCUCCUAAAAUAACAGAUACGGGAGGAGGAUUCUUCCUGGAGGAGGAGGAGGAAGAGGGAGACGCGGCCGAGAAAGUUGUUCACCCCCCAGGGCCUGUAUUAGAAUUCGACUACCUUAUCUGCGAAGAAUGUAGUAAAGAAUUCAUGGACUCCUACCUCAUGACCCACUUUGAUCUAGCAACGUGUGAUAAUUGCAGAGAUGUGGAAGAUAAGCAUAAGCUCAUAACAAGAACGGAAGCGAAGCAGGAGUACCUUCUGAAAGACUGCGAUUUAGACAAGAGAGAACCGGUGCUAAAGUUUAUUUUGAAGAAAAACCCUCACAAUUCCCAGUGGGGCGACAUGAAGCUAUAUUUAAAACGGCAGGUAAUAAAGCGCUCUCUUGAAAUUUGGGGCAGCGAGGAGGCAUUAGAAAAAGCCAAGGAAAGUCGCCAAGACAACAGAGAGAAAAUGAAGCAGAAAAAGUUUGAUAAAAAAGUUAAAGAGCUACGUCGAGCUGUAAGGAGCAGCGUGUGGAAAAAAGACACCAGCGUCCACCAACAUGAAUAUGGAGCGGAAGAAGUGGUAGAUGAUUUAUACAAGAAGACCUGUACCACUUGUGGUUACGAAUUAACUUAUGAAAAAAUGUAAAUGGACUUGAUUUUAUAGAAAAAUGCACCUUUUGUAAUGCUGACUUUUUAAUCCAGUA